AUGGCCUCCCCAAGCUCGACCCUUCGACAACGUGGUGGACAGAAGGAGAAGAAGCAGAUGAACGGGAAGACUGAUCAUGCGGACGCAUAUCUGGACAAUGUCAUCGAAUCGACCAAGAAGGUCGUCACGUCUGAGUGGGACUACAAAAUUGCGCUUCUGAUCAUCACUAUCCUCUCUUUCAUUACUAGGUUCUGGGGGAUCAGCCAUCCAAAUGAAGUUGUGUUCGAUGAAGUACACUUUGGCAAGUUCGCAUCCUACUAUCUUCAGCGCACCUACUUUUUUGAUGUUCACCCUCCCUUUGGCAAGCUGCUAUUCGCUCUUAUGGGUUGGUUUGUGGGUUACGACGGCCACUUCCUGUUCGACAAUAUUGGCGACUCAUACAUAGCCAACAAGGUGCCUUAUGUGGCGUUCCGAGCUAUGCCUGCCUUGAUGGGCGCUCUCACUGUGCCCACGGUGUUCCUGAUUAUGUGGGAAUCGGGAUAUUCGCUCCCUGCUGCGGUGACAGCUGCUGGACUGGUGCUCUUCGACAACGCGCACAUCGGGCAGACCAGGCUCAUCCUCCUAGACGCAACGCUGGUCUUCUUCAUGGCGGUAAGCGUUCUUUCUUACGUUCGCUUCUACAAGUUUCGGCAUGAACCGUUUGGUCGGAAGUGGUGGAAAUGGCUACUACUGACUGGAGUGUCGAUGAGUUGUGUCAUCUCUACCAAAUACGUCGGCGCCUUUACUUUUUUUACCAUUGGCUGUGCGGUCUUGAUUGAUCUAUGGGAUCUUCUGGAUGUCAACCGAAAGGGUGGUGCACUGUCAAUGCCGACUUUUGGUAAGCAUUUCGCGGCACGAGCAGUUGGCUUCAUUGUCGUCCCGUACUUCUUUUAUCUAUUCUGGUUCCAGGUCCAUUUCUCGAUCUUAUAUCGGUCAGGCCCAGGGGAUGAUUUCAUGACGCCGGAGUUUCAGGAGACCUUGAGCGACAAUGCCAUGGCAGCUUCAUCAAUUGAUAUCCAAUACUACGACACCAUCACCCUGCGACAUAAAGAGACCAAAGUCUACCUCCACAGUCAUCCGGACAAAUACCCUCUGCGCUACGACGAUGGCCGGAUCUCUAGCCAAGGCCAACAAGUAACAGGGUAUCCUUUCGCAGACACCAACAACCACUGGCAGAUUCUUCCUCCGCAACCGUUUGGCGAGGAUAAUCAGUUGGGACAUCCUGUUAGAAAUGGGGAUGUUGUCCAACUUCGUCAUCUCGUCACGAACACAAUGCUUCUCACCCAUGAUGUUGCCUCACCGUUCUACCCAACAAACCAGGAAUUCACUACUGUCUCGCUUGAUCUAGCAGCUGGCGAACGGCACAACGAUACCUUGUUCGAGAUCAGACUGGAGCAGGGCAAGGCUGGGCAGCAAUUCAAGUCUGUGUCCGGCCACUUCAAAUUGGUUCAUCACCCUACCAAGGUGGCUAUGUGGACACAUACAACGCCUCUUCCUGAAUGGGGCUACAAGCAAGCCGAGAUCAAUGGCAACAAAAAUGUCCAGCAGAGUAGCAAUGUGUGGUUUGUCGAAGAGAUCCCGUCCAUUCCAGCGGAAUCGCCUCGCCUGGUGAAAGAGACGAGGAAGCCCAAACAUAUGCCGUUCCUAAAGAAGUACUUUGAGCUGCAGCGUGCGAUGUUCUUCCACAACAAUGCCUUGACUUCGAGUCAUCCAUAUGCAUCGCAACCAUUCCAAUGGCCGUUCCUGCUCCGCGGUGUCAGCUUUUGGACGCAAAACGAGACAAGGCAGCAGAUAUACUUCCUAGGUAACCCUAUCGGUUAUUGGAUCGCGUCGUCACUCCUCGCCGUUUUUGCUGGCAUUGUCGGAGCAGACCAGCUCUCGAAGAGGAGGGGAAUUGACGCUCUGGAUGAGCGCACUCGAUCUCGUCUUUACAAUAGUACUGGAUUCUUUUUCCUUUGUUGGGCUGCCCACUAUCUUCCAUUCUAUCUCAUGGGCCGCCAACUCUUCCUUCACCAUUACUUGCCCGCUCAUCUAGCCUCGACCUUGGUCACUGGGGCAUUGGUGGAGUUCGUAUUCAACGCGGAGCCGAUCAUCGAGGAUGAGACUGUCUUGACAAAGAAGGAUGAUCUGAAGAAGAAGGUUCCAGAAAAGGCAAGGAAAGCUUUCCAAAAGGCGAGCGAAAGGCUGAAGGGACAGAGUAUGCUGGCUACCUGGGCUGCGUCUGGCGUGAUCCUGGCUGUGACAAUAUGGGGUUGGUGGUUUUUCUUGCCAUUGACAUAUGGAAAACCUGGCUUGACGAUCGAACAAGUCAAUGCAAGAAAAUGGCUCGGGUAUGAUCUACAUUUCGCGAAAUAA